GACCAAGCCAAGCAUUUGGGACUAAUCCUGGGGCGAGGCGCAGAGGACGCUUCAUGGACGGCGCCGCUCGCCAAGAUGUUGGACCGGGCCCAGCUCUGGGGUGCCUUCCGGGUGGUCGUGGCGUCUGUCGUCACGUUCGUAGCGCAGCUCCGCCCACUGGGCAUGGCGAGCGCCGAGUUUCUGACUCAGCUCAGGGAUCUCGGCUUUCCUUGCGAGCUGAUGGACAUCCGGUGCGCGGCGAUCGCUGCAAAGGCUCGCGUCUGCCACUACGAGGACGCCCAGCAGGGUGGCUUGCGAGUGCGGAGUCGGGCGCGCCAGUUCCGGCAUCGCAUGCAGUGCGCUCUUCGCGAGCUCCUGCUGGCCCACAUCGAGCUGCGGUUGGAGUCGACUGAGUCGACUGCGCUUUUCGUGCUUGGGGCCGCGGAGGAACGCGCCCACGAGCUCGAGCGGGUGCAGAACCUCCCCUGCGCGCGGACAGCGAAGCAGGAG